AUGUUCACAUCAGAUCCAAAACCACAUUCAAAGCGGAAAGCACCAGAUGAUUCAAAUCCACUCCUCAAUGCUGCAAAGAGGAGCAAAAGAGAGUUGAAAUCAAACGCGUCCAAGCGAAAAUUCAUAGGCGAAGAACAGGCAGGUGGGCUAGACAUUGUACGCGCUCCAAUAUCGCGUCCUUCAUCUCCACAGAACAAUCAUUCCUCUCAAACCACUCUCAAUACGCGUCCACCCUCUCGACCUCCAUCUUCACAAGCACAACGUCACCCCCAAUCAUUAGCGACACCCGGAAAUCCAUCGCAACCCAAACAUCCUUCAAAGAAAUUCAAAGCUGAUAACUCUCAUGCAGCAACGCAUGUUAGGAAUGGCGAUCUUCUUCCUACCUCACGCGAAGACCCCGGGGUAGACGAGGAUGUGAGACGAAUGAACUCGGAAAUUGAUCAUCUUCGCCAGCGAUCAAUCGGUAAUGGAAUCGCUGAUCCUAAUAUUCACUUUCUCCCUCCAUCAUCGUCCAAACCAAAUCGUCACCCCAAAGAUUCAUUACACCCCCUGCCCGAAAGCGAAACCCCACAAAUUGAGCGUAACAAGCUAUUCAGAGAAGGACUCUCACGAGCCCGACAGCCCAGCACAUCUCCAGCCCAGCAACAUUCGAGAAGGAGCUCUAUUAGUACUCGUGGUAAGCGGAUAAGCACAAGUUUUGAAGCUACUGGCAUUAUCACUCAGCCACAUACUUCUGUUUCCGAUUCAAGUUUUUAUAAGCACAUCGACUGUGAUCUUCCUGAGCCACAGCGUGCGCGUCAAUUGCUCAUAUGGUCCACGUCUCGAGCUAUGAAUACAUUAGCUGAAGCAAGCUCCUCGUCCUCAAAUUCACGACGCAAAUCUUCUGCACAAGCGAAUGGAAAGGAUCCACCACUGAGUGAGCGCGGACAACAAGCGCUAAAGGUGGUACAGGAGGACAUGAUGCGAAUGCUAGCAGAGGGAAGAAUAAACACAAAUGUGUAUGGUAAGAACAUGCCAGAGGGCACGGGAAAUGGUCAAGUGGGUGAGGGAAGUAAGUUCAAGCCAAACGAACAGAAUUUAAAGAAUCGGGCCCGAGAAAUCAAGUUCACGGAGCAUAUUGACCGUGCUAAAGCAGAACAAGAAGCAUGGGUACAUGUCGACCAGUUUUACAACUCAUAUCAGACAAACUCCCUAGCCGACCUAGAAAAACGAAGGCGAGCGCUGACACCACCAUCGUCUCUUAAAGCCAAAGGGAAGCAGAGAGCCACAUCGGUGGAGCCCGGAGACGACUGGCGAUGGCUAUUACCCAGAGAGGAAGAGCUGCCAGAAGCAUUCAGGGGGAAGAACGGCGUGGAGCUGGCUAAGAGAAUCAUGGAAGAACGUUUCGAGUCCGGAGAGGAAAGUCCAAUAAGUCAGCGGAUGGAGGACGUUCGAUUCAAAAUCGAUAGUCUCUUCUCGUUUACGAAUUCUGCCGUUCGGAUGACAGAAACAGCAGAGGCAGAACUCGAUCAUCGGUUCUCCUUACUUUCCCUGGUCCUUUCUGCCCGUGCUGAGUCCGCCCCACCACCAACCCAGUCACCGACAUCGCUGUCUUCAUACUUGCCAUUACCUUCACGAGGCCGGAGCCAACCAUCAUCAUCAGAUCCACAAGAUCUUUUAAGGGCUCUAUGUAGGGUUGACUUGGAUCGGCCACCUGGCAAAGUGGGCGAUGCAGCUCGUAGAGCUGCAAGAGAAGUGCAGCGGGUACAAGAGGGUGGUGGUGUUGGGGAGAGGCGAUUGACAGGCAUUGCCCCUGGAAUUGGGGCAACACCAAGGAAAGUUCCUGGUACGCCUCGACGGAAGGACAGAUGA